GCAUUUAUUACUUCCUAUGUAAACAAAUGGUGUGUUUGUGUUUGUUUAUUGCUGUUGACAUUGGGUUAAUGCGUAAUAUUGCGUUUUAGGGUUAUAAAAUUAAAUACCUAAAAGAAAAUGAGCACCAUGAUGACGUACAUGAGGGUAUUACAGAAAGUAAACACACUCCCUUCAAGAUUUCUUCACUAUGUACAAGGUCAAUCACCAGAGCCAAAGAUACGAGAAUACUUUUAUUUUAUUGAUCAUCAAGGGCAGCUUUUUCUAGAUGAUGCUAAAAUGAAAAAUUUCACAUCUUGUUUUAAAGAAAAGACAUUUCUUCAGUUUUUCUUCAAACGCUUGAAGAUGAAUACAACUGGAAAAUAUGAAGACGAAUUUCCUUACUUUUCUCCGUGUGGUCGUGAGAGGAAUUAUAUUCACUGUGACGAUAAACCCAUUGUGUAUACUCAUAUUUUACCUCAACAUAAAGAUGGAAUAGACUAUUUAUCCUACGGGGGAGCUGGAGAGCUUCUAACAGUUGCUUUUCAACCAGAAAAAGUGUGUAUGUUACCAGACACUGGAAGAAUUUAUCAUCCUGCAACACCUACGAUAGGAGGGGUUGGACUGAUUAAAUCUAGCUUAGCCAUAGACAUCAGUAAACAUUUUGAGUUUGGAAAUGGCGAAAAUAAUCCCCCAACACAUUUCACAUGGCAGGAACAGCGGUUUAUUUUAACCAAUGAAAUUUUGCCACUGUUGCUUAAAAGUUAAAUAAUUUGUUCAUUUAAUUUCUUUAUAGUAUAUAAAAAUGUUAUUUUCUUUUCUUUGAUAAAUAUGAAGGUACUGGCAUUAGUGGUUUAUAAUAUUCUAUAAUAUUGUAAAUGAUAUUAAAAUUAAUGGUAAAAAAUAACAGUCCAGCCAUCCAAAUCCAGAUAAAUGUGUUUUGACCUUUGAACUCUAAUAGGUAGGCAGCCUGUAACCAUACAGCCUACAAGUAAAAGAUAAUACUACAGAUUAUAAUAAGAUAAUUUAUAUUUGAUUAUCAAGUAUUUCAUCUGAUAGUGCUUUACAAUAAAAUUUUCAUUAACCCAA